UCCGGUGGCGCGCGCUGGAAACUCAAGCGGUCACCAUGGAGCUGUCGGCUGAGUAUGUCGGGCGCGACGGGAAGCGGCAGCGGCUGAGGGUGUCCUGCGAGGUGCCUGGCGACCCUGACCCUUUCCAUGGCCUGUUGUCGGGCGUGGCCCAGAUGAGGGAGCGGGUGGCCGAGCUCCUUGGCCCCCUGGUACAGAAGGAAGCGCAGGACCGCGUGGCGGCAGUUAGAUACGGGGCCUUGGAUGGUGGUGAUGAAGAUGAUGAAGACAAUGAAAAUAUCAUUGAUAACAGAACUAACUCAGAUGGACCAUCUGCAAAACGGCCAAAACCACCUUCUUAACAAUAGCUUUUAUGAAAUUUAAACUAAAAGACUGCCACUAUAUCCUAAUUAUCACAUAGCGAUAUUUCAGGAAGACUUGUGCUGUAAUUUGGAAAAGCAUUGGUUUUGUUCCCCUGGGACAAUUUUGUCAAAGAAAAAACUACUUCUUCUGUUUCCAGCAAAAGAUAUAAUAAAUGUUUAGGAAUAAAUCUAUUUUCUUGAGUGAGAAAUAAAUUUCAGACCAUGGGUAUAAAAUGGGACAUUUCAGUAUAAUGUAUAAAGUCCUCUAAUUUGGCAACUGGACUUUUAUCAUUGUUUUCUACGUUUAAAAUAGCUAUUGAAUUAAAAUGUGUGAUGUGUACAUCUUUUUAGCUUCUGCUUCUGUUAGGAACAUGUCAUGAUUCAUAGGCAGUAAAAUUUCAAAGAACUAACAUGAGCGAGCAGUGAAAACCGGGUAUUAAAUAUUAAGAAUGGUAGUUCUUCAAAUAGAAAUACUGAAAAGAAAGGAGAGUCCUUGAGAAGUGACCCAAGGAAACCUUGAGUCUAUACUCAGAUCCCAUAUAUAGACUUUCAGAGAUCUCAACAAAUAUGCACUAAUUGAUUUAAUUUUACCUUAAGAGAGCUAGAUGGAGUAUAUUUCUAAGCUGUGAUCCGGUAUAUGUAUAAAUAGAAAUAUAAGGCCUUAAGUAAAUAUCUGUGUUGGCUUUAACUUAGAUAUUUUCUCUCCUCCUGUAGCCAUACUUUGAUUUUGAUUAAUAGAGGACCAUUGAAUCCUUUUAAAAUAUAUAGUCCUAAAAUAUAUGUGUGUAUGCAUGUGUAUUCCUUUUCUUCUUGUCAGUCUAACUAAGGCAUUUUGUUUUACUCUACUGUGCACCUUAUCCAAUCCAUUUAGACAGUUAAUAUGCAAAUGAAUGCAAAGAAAUCAAGUAGCACCUACCUAAUGAAAUACAAAUAGUCACGGAAUUUUAGAAUUGAAAGUAACCUUACAAAUUAUAUGAUUUAUAUCAGAAAGAAACUGAAUCUUAGAACAGGUGUUUGCCCAGAGCUACACAGCUACCAUUGGCGGAACUGGGUUACAUACAUAGCCUUUUGCUUUUGUUUUCCCUUAGGCUGAUUAAAGGUUAGAGAAAUCAUUCAUCCGCUUUUGUGAAUCACUUUUAUUAUGAAAUAAUUUCAAAGAUAGAACUGUAAUACUUUCCCAGUUACACAUUCUGAAAUACAUAGCUUGCAAAGUAAAGAAACUGAAUGUACACAUCUUUUCAUAUCCUUAAAGUAUUGUUUAACUUGGAACAGCAGCCUUCCUCUAAGUACUCUUAGUUAAUCAAAACAAUACCAACUAGAAAAAAUAUUUUAUAAAUGGUCAGUAAUUAUUUUAGUAAUAAAACAUUAGUAAUAAAACAUUAGUUUUAUUAAUAAAUUAAACAUAAUUUAGAUAAUAUAAAUGUUUAAUUUGUGAUAAUGUGUCUAAUACUGGAACUUCAGCUCAGUUAUUGAUUUAUAAUAAUCUUUUUUAUCCUUAUGCAAUCCUUUUAAAAACUGAUCUUUAUAGAAUUAAAAUAGAUCAUAUUUUAAAAUUACUAGCUGAAUUUUGCUCCUGAACGUUUUGUUUCCUUCAUUGUUUAGUAAAUGUGUUUAUAAAGGAGAAAUUUCAAGAUAACGUUUGUGCUUGUGGUCCUGUGUUUUAAGGUUCUGGGUUACAGGUUGCUUCAUCUUUUUCUGAAUUUUAAUACGGAUUCUAAUACUGUCUUCUUUAUAAAUGGGCCACAUGGGUGGCAAAAAUGAUCAGUUUGAACGACUCAGAUCGGAAACAACUUUCUAGUUUUCUAAUCUGCUGUCUUCUAAUGGUGCAAAUGUUAGCCACAGUCAAGCAGAACAAAGUUAAUUUCUGAAAGAGCUCCAGCGUUUGUACAGGAAAGUCAAGCCCACAGUUCUGUCAAACAAAUAAGCUGAGUUUUGACACUAGACUUAGAUAAAUAAUCUUUAAAAUGUGUUGGACAAUGACUGCGGUUAAUUGUACGAAGAAUGUUCUUACAUGGAAAAAACAAUGUGAAACAGUUUAUGCAAGAUAAUGUUUCUAAAGGUUCAGCAAGUUUUAUGUCACAUUAAGAAAUACUUAUUUUAAUAGUAGAUUUUUGUGGUCAAGGAUACGAAGAGGUUAUGGUUGCUGGUCUGUAACAUUAGAAUGUUAAACCUUUUAUAACACCUGGGAAGAAAAUUUACUUUAAGAGAAGAAAAAGUGUAGUAGGAAAUCAGGAUGUUUGGUUUUUUUGUUUGUUGUUUUGUUUUCAAUUUAGAAAUGGGUAUCCACACUCAGGAUUUAUGCUUUUGCAACUGUCUUUCAUAUCCUGAUCCAAGUACUCUCCU